CGGCCAGCGACGAACGGGUGUGGGGUGGAUGGGCUGGGGAGCUAGGGCUAGGGCUAGUGCAGCAGAGGGUAUAGGGCGAGUGGAGGGAGGGUUUCAUGGAAAGGAUGGCGGGGUCGACAGCGGACACGUAUACACCUCACCCCCGCCUCAUUCGAUCGACACGAGCGCUCAUUCCCACGAGGGCGCUCCUAGCGUACAUGUAAAUAUGAUAGCGCUCGAAUACAUGUCUUCUACGGCUA